AUGCUUUUCUCCAACAUCUUCUGGCCAGUACUCCCCUGGCUCGGGUUCUCCCCCGGCCCCAUCGCCAACGGCGCCCCCCUACGCAUCCUCCCCCUCGGCGAUUCCAUCACCUUCGGCUACAACGAACCCAGCGGCAACUCCUACCGCCGCGACCUCCAAUGUCUUCUCUCCACCACCGGCAACCCCGUCUCCCUCAUCGGCUCCAUCCAAAACGGCAACUGGGACAACAACGAAAGCGACGCCUUCAACCUGCACACCCUCGAUGAAAUCCUCACCGCCGCCGUCCCCGAACUCACUCUGCCACGGGAUCGCAAACCAAAUAUUAUUCUCCUCCACGCCGGGACUGUCAACCUUGUUCUGGGAGUCAACGUCACUACGGCUCCUGAGCGAUUGGCAAACCUUGUCGACUUUGUUACUACGCAUAACCCGGACGCGUUGGUCGUCGUAGCCCGCGUGAUUCCUAACGCUAACGACACUGUUAACGCGCUCAUUGACGAGUAUAAUGCGCACAUCCCCAACGUUGUGUCGGCCGCCGCCGCCGCCGCCAGCAGUCAUGGUCAUGGUCAUGGGGGCAAGGGGAAAAGGAAAGUUGUGCUAGCGCCGCUAAUGCGCGGGGUGACGGUGGAGCGGCUACCGGACGGGACGCACCCGGAUGAAAAAGGGUAUAGCAUUAUGGCGCGGCAUUGGUAUGAGGCGAUUGUGAGGGCCGGGAGGGAAGGGUUGGUGGACCCGGCGGAGGGGGAGUUUGUGGAUCGGGGGAAGUCGGCGGUGCCGGCUUCGGGGAGAUGCGAGGAUUUGGUGGAUUGA